CUAAAAAAAAAAAAAAUGGAAAAGAAAGAUCGAAGUCGUCCAUGAGAGUGCGAAUCAGAAAGCUUUAUAGAGUCACCGGGGCAGCUCCAGUCUCCGCAAAGUCGUCCCCAAGAAAGUGCGAAUUCCCUUCAACUUCUUCUCGCAGUCGUCUCCUUCCCCAUUCCAAAUCUCUAAGAACAUCGCUGAAACAUUUCUGGGAACUGUAAUUUAUCUUUCAACAGCAACUAGAAACACACCCUCUUCAGAUUUAGCCAUCUCUCUAAAUCCCAAUUCAGUUUUAGCCUCAAUCUCAAUUGGGUAAUUAUCGUUUUUGGAUUUUCUGUUUGGGGUUCUUGAAUUUUGGGACCUCGGGAGGUUGUCAAUGGAGACCGAUCAGAACGUCAGGGGAGUGCCCACCCAUGGCGGCCGAUAUAUUCAAUACAAUGUCUAUGGGAAUCUAUUUGAAGUUUCUAGAAAGUAUAUUCCCCCCAUAAGGCCAGUUGGUAGAGGGGCUUAUGGUAUUGUCUGUGCUGCUUUUAAUUCAGAAACAAAUGAGGAGGUUGCAAUUAAGAAGGUUGGCAAUGCAUUUGACAAUAGAAUUGAUGCUAAAAGAACCUUGCGAGAAAUCAAGCUUCUUCGACACAUGGAUCACGAAAAUAUCAUUGCUCUCAAAGAUAUUAUGAGACCUCCUCAGAAGGAGAAUUUCAAUGAUGUGUACCUUGUUUAUGAAUUGAUGGAUACUGAUCUAAACCAGAUAAUACGGUCCAACCAAUCAUUGACCGAUGAUCAUUGCCGGUACUUUCUGUACCAGUUGUUGCGAGGGCUCAAGUACGUACAUUCUGCUAAUGUUCUACAUCGUGAUCUGAAACCUAGCAAUUUGUUCCUCAAUGCAAAUUGUGAUCUAAAAAUUGGAGACUUCGGGCUUGCAAGGACAACUUCCGAAACUGAUUUUAUGACCGAGUACGUUGUUACUCGCUGGUACCGUGCACCAGAAUUGCUUCUUAAUUGUUCAGAAUACACUGGAGCAAUAGAUAUCUGGUCUGUUGGAUGUAUACUUGGUGAAAUUAUGCACAGAAAACCACUGUUUCCUGGAAGGGAUUAUGUCGAUCAGCUAAGACUUAUUACUGAGCUCAUUGGGUCACCCGAUGACUCGAGCCUCGGAUUCUUACGAAGCGACAAUCCACGGAGAUAUUUUAGACAUCUUCCCCACUACCCCAGGCAACAGUUUUCCACUAGAUUUCCCACAAUGUCUCCUGCUGCCAUCGACUUGCUCGAGAAGAUGCUAGUCUUUGAUCCUACUAAGCGCAUUACAGUUGACGAGGCGCUGUGCCAUCCGUACUUGGCACCUCUUCAUGAUAUCAAUGAGGAGCCAGUGUGUCCGAGGGCUUUCAGUUUUGAUUUCGAGCAACCAUCGUAUACCGAAGAAAACAUCAAGGAACUUGUAUGGAGAGAAUCUGAGAAGUUUAACCCAGGUCCCACUUUUUGAAUAUCAUGUAUGUGUUGUAUUUUAUACUUUUUGACUGAUGAAGCUGUUCAUCAUUCUCUCAUUUUCUUCUUUUUUAUGUUGUUGCAUUGAUUUGGGAUGUAAAAUAGAUAAAUGAAUCAAUAGUUUGACAUUCCUUGAAAGCUUCUCUUGAUUAAUGACUAUGGGUUAGUUUGUCCGCUAA